UGUUAACCUUUGAAUUCAUGACAUCCACGUAUUCUCUCCCUGCUCGUUGAACUGGAAACAUCAGUCAAUAACAUUCAAAAUGUCUUUCGAUAGUAAUUAUAGCGAUGAUGAUUAUUGCGCGGGCUACGAAUUUUGUUCGCGACGCAGCUCGUUUCCUGGAGUGCUACCUUUUGAUCCCUUAUCGCUCGAAAACUUGAUUUUGUCGAUGGUUGAUAAAUUCGACUUCCGCGUGUUAAUGAAUAAUGAGCGAACUAGGGAUGCUAUGCUGGUAACCGCGGGGUUCGCUUUAGCUGGGGGCCUGAUUGGAAAGAUGUACGGGGGACGCAUGGGAGCGGCCGUUGGUGGAGCCGUUGGUGGUGCUUGUGGAAUUGGUGUCGUCGCUAUUUCUAUGCGGGAAGUAUGGAAAGAAGUUCGCCCCAAGUUCGCAGACGUGUUCGACCUUGUCUACGACUACCUGGCUGGUCUGGGGAUUAAAGAUUACGCAAGCGCCGCCUUAUUUCUGGCUAAUGCGAACCCGCAAACCACGGUACUAGCCAAAAUGAUUUUGGAGAGUUCCUCGCAGAUAUUGGGAAAGCAAUUGGUGUCUAAUCUAGGUUCCAUUACAAGUGCUUGAUUUAAGUUAUGUUAGUAGUAAUUUAUUUAAAAACUGGUAGGCUUUGAAAUAUUUUAUAUUGUACGUUUUGAUAAUGGAUUUAAAUGAUUUAAUUUAAUUAAUUAAUUUAUUACAUUUGACUAAUAAUGACUUAAACUAACAUGACUGCAAAUUGUUAUUCUAUAGUGUAGGUAUCUGUCUUUAUUGGAAGAAUUGUGUGUAUUUUUGUCAUGUAGAACAUGUCCUAAAAUGAUCAAAGAUUGAGAAUAUAAAUUUAAUAAAUAAAGACUAUAAAUUUUGUG